AUGAGUUCAUCAUGGGCAGAUGUGGCUGAUUCUGAGAAGGCCGGUUCUAAGCCUAAAGGUUCUUAUGUUCCCCCGCAUCUACGGAACAGGCCAUCAGAGCCGCCUGUUGCUGCUCCUUUGCCACAAAAAGAUCGUCCUGAGUAUGGUGCUCAACCUGCUGGGUCUCGAUGGGCUCCGCCACCCAGUGGCGGUGGUGGCAGCGGCUAUAGGAAUGAUGGAGGGCGCCCCGGAUAUGGUGGUUAUGGUGGAGGAGGUGGUGGUGGUGGUGGUGGUGGCUGGAACAAUAGAAGUGGAGGGUGGGACCGUAGAGAACGUGAAGUAAAUCCAUUUGGAGAUGAUGCUGAGUUAGAACCGAUCUUUACCGAGCAGGAGAAUACUGGCAUUAAUUUUGAUGCUUAUGAAGAUAUUCCGGUUGAGACCAGUGGGGGAGACGUGCCUCCUCCUGUUAACACAUUUGCUGACAUAGAUCUUGGGGAUGCAUUAAAUCUCAACAUCCGGAGGUGCAAAUACGUGAGGCCAACACCUGUACAGCGUCAUGCGAUUCCAAUACUGCUUGCAGAGAGGGACUUGAUGGCCUGUGCACAGACUGGGUCUGGGAAGACUGCUGCUUUUUGCUUUCCAAUAAUUAGCGGAAUCAUGAAAGAUCAGCAUCUACAGAGACCCCGUGGUUCACGGACGGUUUACCCUCUUGCAGUCAUCCUCUCACCAACAAGGGAGUUGGCAUGCCAGAUACAUGAUGAAGCCAAAAAAUUCUCCUACCAAACUGGUGUGAAGGUUGUUGUUGCUUAUGGAGGAACACCUAUUAACCAGCAGCUUAUGCUUACUGAUAUUGGAUUCUGCCAGCUCUGCCCUUCGUAA